GGAGACCAUAAUAUCAUAUUACUCGUGUGUGCAUUGUCAGCGCGCAUAUUGAUUCGUUUCCUGCGGACGCCGGGAGGAGCCAAACAUUAAGAGGAUGAGGAACACCUCGGAGCGAACUGAUUAAAUACUGUACUGAAUCAAAAGUGACUCACCAAAGAGAUAGCUACAUUUGUGUGGACUCGUCUAUCGUCAUUUUGAGAGAUGAUGAUGACCUCACUCAACUAGUGACCUGACCUCCCAGUCCCAGAGCGUCCUCAGCCAGGCAACCCAGCCGUGACAGAACCAGUCAUUGGACAGCACAAUAGUAUAAUAUAUAUGCCAUUUAGCAGACGCUUUUAUCCAAAGCCACUCAUCCGUGCAUGUGGGUGGUCCCACAGUGACAGUGUUCAAUUUCUACUAGCAUCAUGGCUGCCAGCCAGCAGAAAGGCACUGCAGUGCUGGAAACCUCAACAGAGGGAAAGCGAACAGAGCUCAGGGCCAAUGAAGUACAGAAGAAAUGCUCAUGGGCCUCUUAUAUGACCAACUCCCCCACUGUGAUUGUCAUGAUUGGUCUUCCUGCCAGAGGGAAAACCUACAUGUCCAAGAAGCUAACCCGCUACCUCAACUGGAUAGGAGUGCCAACCAAGGUGUUCAACCUGGGGGUCUACAGGCGAGAGGCUGUAAAAGCCUACAAAUCCUAUGACUUCUUCAGACAUGACAACGAGGAGGCCAUGGAAAUCAGGAAGCGGUGUGCUCUGGUAGCUCUGCGGGAUGUCAAAGCUUAUCUGACUGAGGGGGGCCAGAUCGCUGUCUUUGAUGCCACAAACACCACCCGAGAGAGGAGAGAAUUAAUCCUUAGUUUUGCAAAGGAACAUGCUUACAAGGUGUUUUUUGUGGAGUCAUUGUGCGACGACCCUGAUGUCAUUGCUGCUAAUGUUAUGGAUGUGAAGGUAUCCAGUCCAGACUACCCAGAGAGACACAGAGAGAGUGUGAUGGAGGACUUCCUGAAGAGAAUAGAAUGUUACAAAGUCACGUACCAACCAUUAGACCCAGAUGAAAAUGACAGGGACCUGUCCUUCAUCCAGGUCAUCAAUGUGGGCCGGAGCUUCCUGGUCAACAGGGUGCAGGACUACAUCCAGAGCAAGAUCGUGUACUACCUCAUGAACAUCCACGUGCACUCUCACUCUAUCUACCUGUGUCGGCAUGGAGAGAGCGACCACAACGUGGAGGGACGCAUCGGGGGUGACUCAAUGCUGUCUGUUCAAGGGAAAAAGUUUGCUGGAGCGCUUAAGGGUUUUGUGGAGGAGCAUGGUCUGUCAGACCUAAAGGUGUGGACCAGCCAGCUGAGACGGACCAUCCAGACUGCUGAGGAGCUUGGGGUGCCCUACGAGCAGUGGAAGAUACUCAACGAGAUCGAUGCAGGUGUGUGUGAGGAGAUGACCUAUGAUAUAAUCGAGAAAACCUACCCUGAGGAGUUUUCCUUGAGAGACCAGGACAAGUACCACUACCGCUACCCAGGGGGAGAGUCCUACCAGGACCUAGUGCAGAGGUUAGAGCCGGUCAUCAUGGAACUGGAGAGACAAGGCAACGUGCUGGUCAUCUGCCACCAGGCUGUCAUGCGAUGCCUGCUCGCUUACUUCCUGGAUAAGAGUGCAGAUGGCCUGCCCUACUUGAAGUGUCCCCUCCACACGGUUCUAAAGCUCACCCCUGUGGCUUAUGGUUGCAAAGUGGACAUGUUUGACCUGAAAGUGAAGGCUGUGAACACUCACCGGGAUAGGCCAUUAGAUAAAGUCCGUAAUGACGUCGUUCCUGCCACAUUCCUACGGAGGAACAGUUUCACCCCGCUGUCCAGUCACGACCAGGUGAAGCGACCGCGCCUCUACAGCGCUGGCAACCUACCUCAAUCUCGACGGCCCCUGGCCCCCUUUCUACCCAGCAUGCAGUCCUUUGAGGACCCUGAGGGAGCAGAGUUGGCACAAAGCCAAGAGUAUCUCAACUGCUUCAGCCCAGGAGAUGCAGAAGAUGCUGUCCACAGUUGAAGAGGACAGAGAAGGGUGUCUCCACUCCCCCACAUUUUCGCUGCCAUCAGAUCUGGGUUCAAAUACAAUUUAGAAAUCUUGUUAAAUACCUUUAGUGUUCGCUUUAGCUUGCCUGGAGUGCCAGGUGGGUAGUGUUUGCUUUAGCUUGCCUGGAGUGCCAGGUGGGUAGUGUUUGCUUUAGCUUGCCUGGAGAGCCAGGUGGGUAGUGUUUGCACUUUGGGGACUUUUCUGCUGAUUCCAUUGCAAUAGGCAAGCGCUAUAAAGCACAGCUAAAUAAUUUGUAAUUAUUUCAAAUAGUAUUUGAACCCAGGUACCCUCUGUCUGCUCAGGCUUGCUUCAUACCAUGCCAGCCUUACCAAUUUGAUUGUCAAGCAGGAGUUCAAGCACACUGUCUUAGCAGCAAAUUAGGUAUGGAAUGUGGUUGUUGUAGUGGCCAGAAUUUGUUCUACAGUUCCCUUUCUGUUGCCAUCUGUUAGAUAGAUGGUGUGUGUGGGUGAAGAGCGAUAUGAUUUGAGACAAACAUGACCUUGCGCGCACACACUUAUCAACAGUCAACGUUUAGUUUAUUGUGAACUGCACUUUAGAAUGUUGAAUAGAGGACAUCCUUGAGAUUAUUUGUCUCAGUAGAUUUGAGACAUUCAGUGAUUUUUCUAUUACAAUGUAUUUCAUUUACACUGUAACUAAUGGAGAGGGUUGCCACACUGAAAAAAUGUAUCAAAAACAAAGCACUGACUACAAACACUGUCUUAUCCUUAAAUUAUUAUCCUUUAAUUCUACAAUGUAGUUUAUAAACAAUUACUUAAGAUCUUAUGAAUAAUAUAUUCUGAACAAAAAUCUAAAUGCAACAUGCAACAAUUUUAAUGGUUUAACUGAGUUACAGCUCAUAUAAGGAAAUUAGUCAAUUUAAAUAAAAAAAAUAGGCCCUAAUCUAUGGAUUUGACAUGACUGGGCAAGGUCGCAGCCAUUGGGGCCUGGGAAGGGCAUAAGCCCACCCACUUGGGAGCCAGGCCCAGCCAAUCAGAAUGAGCUUUUCCUCACAAAAGGGCUUUAUUACAGACAGAAAUAGUCCUCAGAAAUUAACAUUAAAUUCUCUGGCAACAGUUCUGGUGGGCAUUCCUGCAAUCAGCAUGCCAAUUGCACACUCCCUCAACUUGAGACAUAUGUGGCAUUGUGUUGUGUGACACAACUGCACAUUUUAGUGCUCUUUUGUUGUCCCCAGCACAAGGUGCACCUAAUGAUCAUGCUGUUUAAUCAGCUUCUUGACAUGCCACACCCGUCAGGUGGAUGGAUUGUCUUGGCAAAUGAGAAAUGCUCACUAACAGAGAUGUGCAUACAUUUGUUUACAUCAUUUGAGAAAUUUAUUUUUGUGCGUAUGGAACAUUUCUGGGAUCUUUUAUUUCAGCUCAUGAAACAUAGGACCAACACUUUUACAUGUUGUCUUUUUAUAUUUUUGUUCAGUGUAUGUACCCCUUUAAUUGGAUAGUUGAAUAUCAUCUCUUUUGAACAUUCUCAUACUUGACCAGCCUUGUUUCCUCAGUGAGAGUACAAAUGCUGAAAUACCACCAUACAGGAUUUAACAUUUUGGCUUAAGAGUUAAUGUUAUUAGUUAGUCACAUGUUACUUUUACAUGUUACAUUACUGUGUGUGUAUAGAGUUCACAUUUCACACUGCAAUUCUGUCACAUAUUCAUGGCCAUGUUAUGAAACACCCAUGUCUUUGCAUUAUCAAUGUAUCAAUUGCAUGUCCUCAGCUAAAAUGGCAACAUGAUUUAAGGGGGCAAAUAUUUUUUAGACAGUACUACUGUAGUUACAGUCAACAUGCCAUGACAUCAACAUUUUGGAAUAUUGAUUCUUACAUUUGCUAUAGUGACAUUUGAAAAAGCACAGCGUAAUCGAAGAUGGGUGCUUUCAUACUUACAGUUCACUGAUUGUGUCCAACCAUGUGCAUCUUGUUUAUUACUGCCACAUUGAUCAUGUUAAAGUCAAUGCUGCUCUAAAGUGCUUCUGUGCCGGUGUUUAGCAACAUUACUUUGUGGCUGUUACAAGACAAUGUUAUUAUAUAAGUAGGCAGUCAGUCAGUAGCCUGUAAGACUACAACAUACUGAAUGAUAUAAUGGUAUGAUGCUGUAAGAUAUUUUUAGAUCACUAGAAUUAUCUGAUGUAAGUGUAAAUUAUUGAAGAAAUUAUGUUGUACUCUGUCAGAACGUCUUGCUCAUGGCAGUUUGACUUGACUUGGUUCUCUGGUACAUAAUGUGGCCAGAUGUAUUGAGCUCAUUGGGAGGUGUCAUCCUGUUUAGAUGUUUCCACUACAACUCCCUGUCUCUCUCAAGCCAGGGCAAGCCUGUGGCAGAACCCUGGCUAUGGGGCAAGACUGGGAGUGGCUUCCUGGGUAUAAUAACCAAGAUGACUCAAUCUUCUCAUAUUUUACCUACAGUAUCUGUGAAAGAGGACUAAUACAAUAAGUGUCUGAAAGACGUAAAGGGAAGGUGGCAGCAGGGGAUUGGGGAUGUUCAAAUGUUUCCAGACUGGUGUGUCAUAGGGGAAAGGGGUUGGUUCAUUGUUAUACUACCAUCUGAAACUUCAGUGUCUGUGUAUAGCAUGAACUACUGAAGCAUAGGGUACAUUAUUCUCACAGGAAGUAUUUAUUUGGUUCAAUCAGCAGGCGUGCCUCCUUUUGACUAUAUAUUUUUUUCAUUUCUGUUAUUGGAAACAGUAAUGUCCUUGUCACGCAUUACCGCUUUCACAGCCUUGUUUGUGUAUCAGUGGUCAUCUUUCGCAAGACUGCAUUGUACUACACUCGAGGCAACCAUUUACCUAAACCAACAACACUUUAAGGUGUGGAGACAUUGUAAUGAAAUGUUAUGAGUCAUAUAUAAACUUGUAUUACUGUAUUUGUAAAUUAGGACAAUUCUGAACUAUAGUUGGAAUAGAAAUAAUAAAUUGUUGGGUUUUCGGAUGUGUAGGGAACUUAAAUGGUGCUUUCUAUAAAUGUGUCAAACUCAUUCCAUGGAGGGCCGAGUGUCUGUGGGUUUUCGCUCCUCCCUUGUACUUGAUUGAUGAAUUAAGGUCACUAAUUAGUAAGGAACUCUCCUCACCUGGUUGUCUAGGUCUUAAUUGAAAGGAAAAAAAUAAAGUCAGCAGACACUAGGCCAUCCAUGGAAUUAGUUUGACACCCCUGCUAUAAACCAAUGACAGACCGAGGACCAAAAUAAAUCAGCACUCUGCCUAUAGGCAUCCUGUCCUUGGAUGAGUGGUUCAUCAGUAAUCAAAUGUUGAUAACAUGGCUAGUCUACACAUGCACUGAACAAAAAUAUAAACGCAACAAAGAUUUUACUGAGUUACAGUUCAUAUAAGGAAAUCAGUCCAUUAAAAUAAAUGAUUUAUGCCCUAA